AUGUUCAAAAUUCAGGACUUCCAGGGGAUGCAAUACUCCCGAAAUGGUGCCUCACAGGACUAUUCCUACUUCAACGAGCAGUAUGCAACCUCAACAUACCAGACGGAACAUGACAUGAACCCAGCCCUUAUCGUGCAACCGAAAGAAGAUGAGGACGUCAUCCGCGCUAUCAACUGGGCCACAGAAAACAAAGUUGCGAUCGCUGUUAAAAGCGGUGGUCACCAGUACAGUGGUGCAUGCUCCACCGGUGGUAAAAACAUUCAAAUCGACCUCACCAACACAUACAAAGACAUGAUGGUCUUGGAUGCCGAUGGUGUUCCUGAAGACAGGGCUUUGGUAUACGCUGGUGUGAGCAACCGCCUUCAAGACUUCAUCGCAUAUCUUAAACACAACGGGUUAUUCGUCCCUACUGGGCAAUGUGCUUACGUCUGCGUGGGUGGUCAUGGCCAGACUGGCGGUUACGGUCAGCUUGGCCGUAGCUUCGGCCUUUUUGGCGAUCACAUCAUAGCCAUCCGCAUGAUCGGCCAUGACGGUGCUAUUCAAACCGUCACGAAGCAGCGCGAUUCUGAGCUCUUUUAUGCCAUCCUUGGUGGCAGUCCAGGCAAUUUCGGUAUCAUCACCCACUACACUGUUGAGGUGUACAAGGGCCAGAGCUACAUGGGCAGUGUUGCAGGCCCUAACGGAUUUAAGGGUCCGCAUGGCUUGAAAGGUCUCUGGAUCUACGACCAAGAGGUCCUCACUAGUCUUCUCAAUGUUCUUGCGAAAAUGUCAGACGAGGGAAGUGCGCCGAGAGGCUUCGACUUGUGCGUUAGCGUUCUUAGCACUGACUUUCCUGUCACCAUGCUCUUCCCAUCGUUGAAGAAUGAUACAAUCUGGAAGAAGAUCCAGAACAAGAUCAAAACAGCUUUAGCUGAUGAUGUGCUGAACCUUCUAAAUGGUGAAUUUCCUGCAAUCAUUGUGCUCUAUGCACAAUGGUGCCCGACAAGCAAGGACGACAAAUAUGACGCCGAUGUUGACAACUGGUUUCAGCAGUUCCGCGAUCUGAGCAGCUUCUGGAAAGAUUUCGCUCUCCUAAUCAACGAAUUUGAUGAGAGCAUGGCCAAAAUGACUUCAAAUUGGAUCUUUCCUCGGCAACGAGAGUUUGAUCUUCCUUAUGUCAAGCGCACAUACGCUACCAAAUCGACCACGCUCCAGAAGGAUGGCUGGGUCAAAACUGUAGUUGAUCGCCUGGACUUGAUCUACAACCCCCGCCAAAAGCUUGACAAUAACCAAGGAGACACGGACUAUGAGAUCUAUGAUCACUGCAAACUCUCUGUUCAGAUACAGUGUUUUGGAGGCGUGAACUCACGCUUCUACAAGAACAGAAAUAAUGGCACCUCUUAUAGCUGGAGGGACUCAACAGUUGUGCAAACAUUGGACUGCUUCCAUGACCCAGGCGCCAAGUACAAGGAGUACGCAGUCAACUGGCAAAAAGCAAACGAUACUCUGAUGAUUGGUCCCUCAAGUCCUUUUAGCAAACAGGAUAGGCGUGUGCUUUGGGGAUCAUGGGGUGACUGGGACAUGCGGAAACCUGAGAUUUGGAGGGCCUAUUAUGAGGACGCAGACAAGUAUCAGAGGCUAGGUCGAGCGAGAGCCAAAGCUGACCCGAACAAUACCUUUACCCCAAAUGUGUUUUCUGUUGAAGCAGUCAAGAGUACUUAA